AUGGCUGAAAAACUAAAUGAAUUUGCCAACCGUUUCGCGAAAAGUUCGCCUAGUGUUAAAGGUCUUGGAUUGGGUGUCAAGUUAUUAGCUGGUGCCGGAGUAGCUGCAUAUGGACUAUAUCGAUCCGUAUUCACAGUUGAAGGUGGUCAUCGUGCAAUUAUAUUUAAUCGAAUUGGUGGCAUUGAUCAAAAUACAAUUUAUUCAGAAGGAUUACAUUUUAGAGUUCCGUGGUUUCAAUAUCCAAUUAUUUAUGAUAUUCGUGCACGACCACGUAUCAUUAAAUCACCAACAGGAAGCAAAGAUUUACAGAUGAUAACAAUUGCCUUACGUGUCUUAGCACGACCAGAUCAAGGAAAACUACCAAGAUUAUAUCAGACAUUAGGACAAGAUUGGGAUGAAAGAGUGCUGCCAUCCAUUUGUAAUGAGGUAUUGAAAGGUGUUGUAGCAAAAUUUAAUGCAUCUCAAUUGAUCACUCAACGUCAACAAGUGUCAAAUUUAAUUCGUAUUGAUUUGAUGGAACGUGCCAAAGAUUUUGAUAUUCUAUUAGAUGAUGUAUCAAUAACAGAACUUAGUUUUAGUCCACAAUAUUCCGCUGCAGUUGAAUCAAAACAGGUCGCUCAACAAGAAGCACAACGUGCUGUUUUCACUGUUGAACAAGCCAAACAAGAACGACAGCAAAAAAUUGUUUUAGCUGAAGGAGAUGCUGAAUCAGCCAAACUUAUUGGAAAAUCAUUGAGUACAAAUCCCGGUUAUUUAAAAUUGAGAAAAAUUCGUGCUGCACAAAAUAUAGCUAAAACGCUUUCUUUGAGUAGUAAUCGAGCAUUUUUGGAUUCCGAAGCUCUAAUGAUUAAUAUUGCUGAUUCUAAAUAUGAUGAUGCAACAGCGGAAUUUACAAGAAAAGGAAAAAAAUAG